AUGAAAAACUGCGACAUGGCAGUGCAAAAGAGGCAGUAUUACGAUUCAGUUCUCAAUUUUCAACGUGCGAAGGCUGUUACAAAUCCAUUGGCCCCAAUGCCAUCGACAAGCACAUACGAUUCUUCCUAUUAUGAAUACCUGCAGCAGCAGCAGUGGAUCUAUCAGCACCAGCAGCGUUUAAUCAUGGGGCAUCAGUAUGCACAGAGAUUAGUACAAACCGAGUUCUCAGCCCCUCGUAAUCCCUACGGUCGAUCCACCGAGUGGAUGUCCCAUUGCACAACAUCCAGACACUCGCAAGAGGCGUACGGAAUACCCUCUAAUGUUGGCUACUACGACACAAAUUAUCACCCAGAUUACGAAGGAAUGAGUCAGACUAAUAAUCCCGAGUCCUCGAAGGCCCAACAAGAAUUGAAAAGUAAUCUUCUGCAACACCAGAACCCAAAGUAA